AUGCUACAGGUUUUAGGGCUCAGAUCUUCAGGCAAACUGACUGAGGACCAGAAGGUUUCGCGGGUCAUUUCGCAGGCACUCCAGUACGAGAAUGCGCUCAAGGCGAUGGACUAUUGUUUGGACGAUCGGUCCAGCGAGGGUUUGAAGUUGUUACAGAACCACGACGAGUCUCCAGUGACACAGCUGGCCUUUGGUGUUAUUCAAUUUAUCGAGGCAACUUUGGGAUUUGAGGCGCAAACCAUGAAGAAGGCCAAUGAUGCUCUGGUCCAGGCAGAGAGCAUGUCGUGGAAGGAGAAGACGUUUGCAGAAAAGAACAAGAUUCAGACCUCAGCAAUCUAUCCGCCUGGCACCGAAUGGGCAGUGACUUAUGCGGAGGCAAACUUGCUCAGUGCGCUGCUCAUGCUUCUUAGUGAGAGUGUUGUUGAGAGUGCUAAGGCCCUGUUGAAGUUAAGACGCGCUUAUCACACGCUGGACGAGGUCAGCAAAGCAAUGGAGCGCAACGCAAACGUUCCCGGAAUGAGCAACAUGUCUCUGAAUAGCGACUCGUCUGCCACAAGCGUGGCGUCGUCGCAGAAGUUUGCCGACGCGCCAUCGUUGGCCAGCGACCAGUCGCUCAAGGACGACGAGGUGAUCAACAAGCUCGAGAAACUCUACCAGAUCAGAAAAGCGAGAAUUGAUGGCGAACAUAUUGGAAAUCCUCCGGUUGCCGAGUCAUUAAGACACAAUUUGGGAUACAAACAGUCAGAGAACGGAGAAAGUAGCGACACCAAGGGAAUCACCAUCGAGUACGGAAACUCAGACCUAUCGGAAGAGUCUUAUCUGUGGUUGGUUUCAAAGGAUCAAGAGAACACGGCCUCCGUAUGGUUUGGAAGGCUGCCAAGGAAAGAAAUAUCCACGGAGGGCUUGGUCUGCUGGCGUUGCUAG